UAAGUCAUCAAACAGAGGGGCCUGCUCACCACACACACACACACACACAUACACACACACACACACACACACACACACACACACACACACACACACACACACACACACACACACACACACACUCCUCCUUAAGUCAGUAAACAGAGGGGCCAUCUCAACAGAUAUGACUGUAUCUCUGACUACAGAAUUCAUCUGAUAGACUGACUGAAAUGAUUUGUUCUUCUUACAGAACACACCUUGACGAUGGGAUGCACUGCCACUAAAUGCUGUGCCACUACAUCCCCCUGCGGUGAAACACUUGUGUUUGCUGAUAAAAACUAUGACUUCAGAAUUCCAGCUCUUCUUUACGUUAAAGAAUGGAAGACAUUCCUGGCGUUUGCAGAGAAGCGCACCUCUUCCAACGAUGCAGACGCAACGAAGGCACGCGGCAGCCUCCAGUGGUCUCCCACAGAGGACUUGAUGAAGGCAACAAUACAUGGCUACCGCACCAUGAACCCCUGUCCAGUCUUUGAGAGGAUCUCAAAAAGACUGUUUCUCUUCUUCAUCUGCAUCAAGGGUCAAAUUCCAGAAUGUAAGCUCAAGCCAGGCCAGACUUGUUUAUGCUACAUCACCAGCACAGACCACGGGGUGACCUGGAGCGAUAUAACAGACUUAACGAGCAGUGUCAACUUUACCAAUUACCAAACCUUUGCUGUGGGACCGGGCCACGGGAUCCAGCUGAACAGCGGCACACUGCUCGUGCCUGCCUAUGUGAAGGUUGGCUCUGGUAAGAGUGUGAAGCCCCAUGUUGUGGUGCUGCGCAGCGAGGACCAGCACACCUGGAAGGCAAGCCAGCCCAUCACCGUGGAGUCCCUGGAGUGCCAGCUGGCCGAGGUGUCUGACGGGGAGGGUAGGAGGCAGGUGUAUCUGAACACUCGCAGCACCGGAGCACCGGUGCCACGGGUAGAGGCACUGAGUGACGACGGCGGGGCAAGUUUCCCCCUUUUCCCCCUCAAAAACCGAACGCUAAAGGAGACGCCUCACGGCUGCCAGGGGAGUGUGUUGGGGUUCCCUGCCAGUGACAUUCCAGCAGGAGGAGGGGGAUCCUCAGAGACGGCUCUGCUCUUCAGCCACCCGACCGCACCGACCAAAGGAAAGGACUGGGACAGGCUGGACCUCGGGGUCUACCUGAGAAAGUCUCUCCAGGACGACGACCCCUGGGGUAAACCCCACAUCAUCCACAAGGGGGCCAGUGGAUACUCAGACCUCACCUGCUGUGAGGAGGAGGGUCACUUUGGUUGUCUGAUGGAGUGUAGCAAGGUGGAAAUGUGUAAACGUCUUCAGAUCGCCUUCACAGAGUUCGAUGUCAAGGAGAUACUGCAAAUAGUCAAUCAUUCAGAUGUAGACAGAGGGGAAGCUGUGUGAAGCCAUUGCUCUGUGACUGAUUACAGACCCACCACAGACACAUAGAGGAACAAGCUUCUAAAUAAUAGUAAAUAAUAUAUCAAAUAUAUAUGUAAAUAAUGAUAAUGGUAAACAGUGGGGUCAAUUGUUUUCACCACUUAAAUGUAUUCAUACAUUCAACAUGUGACAUAUAUUUCUGAAUUCUGAAACUAUUUUAACUCCAUAGUUACAGUCGUUUGAUAAUGUUGAAUGAAAAGUGAAAAUGUAAUGUGAUGUGUUUUAGAUGUAGUCUGAUUAGUUCUGCUGUUUGAUUAUUUCUGAGAGGCUGAUGUUCUUUUCUGUGACUUUACCGUGAUGGCAUAUCCCAACUCUCAUGUUCCAUCAGCUGUAAACAUAAUAAAUAGUUCAUUUGAUUUUUGAUUUGAAUUUAUUUUUGUUUAAAAGUAAUAAAUACUGUAAGUGUUUAUAUCCAGAGACUCCUCCCAGGACUCUUUGUGUUUAUGUCAUUUGGUCUACUUCUCGUAACUUAACUGACCAAUCUGUCAUGAAGUGCUUUCAUUAAAAACAACGCAAAUUUUAGACACAAGGAGUUUUGUGUGUGUGUGAGAAAGAGAGAUUUUGUGUUCAAGAAUGAUUGCAAAUAUUAUACCAAGUAUAAACUCAAAUGUGAACAAGAAAUAAGAAGGACAUCAGUGAGUUGAUACGAAUAUAUCUGAGUAAGUAAUAAAAAUGACAAAGCCUUUAGAGGAAGGUUUCAUAACUAAAGUGCCUGCAAAUGCAUGUUAACAUACUAAUAGUGUAUAAAAGUCCUUUAACAUUCAGCAGAACAAUCGGUAGAUAACAAUGCCAAAAAACCUGAUUUAGCAGAAUUCGUACAGACUAUUCAAUCCUGUAAUCUGAUUAGCUAAUCAA